AUGCAAGAUCUCGGCGGAAUCGCCAUACCCCGCAAGGCGAUUGGUUCCGGCACUAACUUACAGUUUGAACUUCACGGAUUCUGCGACGCAAGUGAACGAGCCUACGGCGCAUGCAUUUACGUACGGAGCAGCGAUACUCAAGGUUUUAUACAAGCACAAUUACUAUGCUCUAAAUCCCGUGUGGCUCCAGUUAAAGCGAUAUCUAUCCCAAGAUUGGAAUUGUGCGGUGCUCAAUUACUCACUCAAUUGAUGGACAAGGUGAAGAGCUCAUUGGAUAUUCAUAUUAACAAAUGCUAUUAUUGGACGGACUCAUCGAUAGUUCUGCAUUGGCUCAAAGGUACAAAUAAAAAACUGCCAGUCUUCGUCGCUCACAGGGUAGGCGAGAUACAAGAAAUGAGCACGGUGGAGGAUUGGAACCACGUCGGGACCAAGGAAAACCCAGCGGAUUUAAUCUCCAGGGGCGUAUCUCCGAGGGAAUUAGUAAAAUCAAGUCUCUGGUGGAAGGGACCUACAUGGUUGGAGGACGACGGGUUAAUAAGGUACCGUUUAGAGGUCCAGGAAAUAGAUGACAACCGGCUGGACGAAGCGGACCGAUCAGAGGUUAUCGCAAUGCUCGUUCUACAUGAAGAUAUUGACUUAUUUACCAGAUUCUCCACAUUCAACAAAUUAGUUAGAGUGACGGCUACAUGCUUACGUUUCGCGCAGCUUUGCAGAAAGCAGUACAGUGGCGAAGCUUCAGGCCCUUUAUCGGUCGUGGAAAUUGAGUAUGCCAGAAGGAGUCUUAUCAAGGGAGCGCAAAGGGCGUAUUUCUCCAGCGAGUUAGAGGCUCUGAAGGACGGCCGAGCAGUGUCGGGCAGAAGCAACCUAAGAGAUAUGAAUUCCUUUAUCGAUGCAGAUGGGCUGCUUCGAGUCGGCGGCAGGUUGAGGCACUCUAGGCUUCAACAUGACGCUAAGCAUCCAGUCUUGCUGCCACGCUGUUCAAAGUUAACCGAGUUAAUCAUCGAGCACGAGCACAAGAAGCUUUUGCAUGCAGGAGUAGAAGCAACUCUUGCAGCCAUUCGGCUAAGUUAUUGGCCGCUCAGGGCGCGCGGAACCAUCAAGAGGAUUAUUCGUCAAUGUGUUGUCUGCUUUAAGGCUAGACCACGCUUGUCAGAGCAAUUGAUGGGUGACCUUCCAUCCUGCCAGGUGACGCCAAGCAGACCAUUCAGCAACACGGGCGUGGACUUUUGCGGACCAAUAUAUAUCAAGGAGGGUAAACGUAGGAGUAGCAAACGUAUCAAGGCCUACGUGGCAGUCUUCAUAUGCAUGGCUACAAAGGCGGUGCAUCUUGAAGUGGUGUCAGAAUUGUCGACGGACGCCUUCCUUAAUUCCUUUAAGCGCUUUAUUGGCCGCAGGGGAAGGCCCACCGACGUAUUCUCGGACAAUGGAACCAACUUUGUAGGUGCGAAUCGUGAAUUGGAAGAAUUGAGAAAUCUAUUGGCCAAGGAGGAGCAUCAACGCAAGAUAGUGGACGCAACAUCGUCAGAUGGAAUAAAGUGGCAUUUUAUACCACCACGAGCACCACAUGUUGGAGGAUUGUGGGAGGCGGCUGUAAAGUCGUUUAAGGCUCAUUUUUACAAGGUAGCUUCGGAGGCUGCUCUCAGUUUUGAAGAGGCAACUACGCUCGUGAUACAAGUGGAGGCAAUACUCAAUUCGAGACCGCUGAUAGCACUCUCCUCGGACGCUAAUGAUCUGUCUUAUAUUUCCCCAGGUCAUUUUCUGAUAGGCGACGCGUUAGUAGCCUACCCGGAGCCUGAUUUGGCUCACAUUAAGAUUGGCCGGCUAUCAAGAUGGCAGCGAGUGGAGCAAAUCCGGCAGCAUUUGUGGCAGCGCUGGUCAUCAGAAUACUUGCUGCAGCUCCAGCGACGCUCUAAGUGGACGAUGAAUCGGGGUAUGCAGCUGCAGGUCGGGCAGCUGGUUCUCUGCAGGGAGGAUGGAUUGCCCUCCUUAAAAUGGUUGCUUGGGAGGGUGCAAGAAGUUUGUCCCGGAAGCGACGGAAUUGUCAGAGCCGCCGUUAUCAAGACAUCUAAGGGAGCGUUUAAAAGGCCAGCAGUGAGGUUGAGCAUUAUGCCGUUCGAGCAAUGUUCCGACAGAGCGGCAUAUUGA